CUAAUUUGUCGUGAGUUGUCUGCUAGCUUGAGGUUAGCUUAUUGAAUUGUUGCUCUCAUUUGCGGGCUAGCAUUAGCCUCGUUUAAAGGGAGCGAGUGGUGACUGGUUAGCUCUUUGGUCUCGAACUGUUUCCCGGGUCUCGCUUGGCAUUUUACUGAGUAGCAGUGUGUUUGUUAUAGUGAGUUUCGUAGCCACAAUGAGCAGGAAGAUUGGCAAGCUCGCGCGGCGUUGCAUUAUGCGCACCACGUGCAUCGUUCAAGCCCCCUUGAUGAGUGGUGGGCGGUAGCUGCGCCUCCGGGACAAACGGCGUGACUUCUAUCCAGAUGAUAGCGCAUGGCUUCUUGUUUUGCUAAUUAUGAUGCAUUCUGAAAACGGAGCCUCGACCUCCGUCCAUCUUAUUGGUAUGACGCCGCUUUAUUGGGACCCUCCGCUGUGCGGUGACUGCCAUCGGCCAUAUGUAAAUGUGAUGUUUUGUCUGGUAGACAAACGUUUUCUUUCCCCGCCUGAUGGCGAUAAUCCGGUUAUACUGGAUUGUAGUAAUGUCUGGAUUCUGAGGAAUUCAGAGCUUUUGCAUAUGCCCAACUCUGCACAAUUUACCACGCAAUAGUGUAGGGAGAUAUUGUAACAGUCAACUGACCUUUUUUGAGUAUAUAAAGACUUAUACAAAGAAAAAGGGGUAAACCCAACUUCCAUAACAAAAGCGGUAACGGUACAUGAAUUUUCUGCAACAUUCCACCCACUGUAAUAGGUAUUUUAAUGUAUAUUUGCAGUAACUUUACAUGUCAGUCUUGUCACCUUAUUAUUCCCAGUAGUGAAUCACAUACAUUUCUUGCUAUUUUGCGUGCAAUUUGUAUAACAUUUGGAGGAAAAAGGCUUGUCAUUCCAUGUUAUGGUCAUGUUAUUAUUCCACCAGGUUACCAAACAAACUCCACAAAUUAACCUCCAGGUAAUACUCUCAGUCUUAUUUUGUAUAAACUGGAGCCUGAAUCAAGAUAAUUCUGCAUCAGAUACUCCCAGAUUUGUAUUUCAGUGUUUUAAGCUACAGGGGGCAGAACAUUAUGUAAACACUUAAUGAAAAGAUUUUACUCCCAAAGCUGGGUAAUAUCAGGUAAAAUGGCAAUCUGUUGUGAAAAUGUUCAUCAAAACACAAGGCCAGUAACAUACAACAAAACACAAUUAAGCACAAUAAAGAAACAAAAUAGCAGAGCAGCUGAGUCCAAUCUUGAUUUUAGUGGUAGAAUAUCCUGGCGCUUCGUCUUCCCCUCAGUCAAACACAAAUGACAAAGCAAUGUAUGGGCCCCCAGGGUCAGAGGUUUUGUCCAAAUUAACAUAACUAUCUUUGCUGUUGAAAUGUAAUUUGAUGAUCAUCCAGCUAGUACCCUCAAAUCUAUCAAAUGAAUAAUGAGUUUUAAGGACAUCCUUUCUUCUUUUCUCAUUCUUUUCUUAUUCUCAAGAAUUAGAAUUUGAAAUCACAGGUGACAAGCAAUUUAAAAAAAAAAUGGUCAAGAAAACAAGCACCAAAGGCUGAAACAGACUGAUGUGUGGCAUAUUCUCAGAUUAGCAAUGAAAGUCAUUGAAAACACAAUGUACAGACUGAGAUUUAGGUUACAUGACCAGGAAAUUUGUGGGUAGUUGUGAAAUUUGUAGAAUUUUUCUUUAAGUGUUAAGCUGCUUUAGGAAAUGUUAUUCACAGCUGCGCAACACAAAGUAUUUCUUUAGGAUUAAAAUAUACAACAAGUAUAGCUUAAGGCAAUAAGAAGUCCCAUUGUUUCAUUGUUCACUGUAAAAUGUUUCCAUGUCAAUGUAAUAAUGUGGCAGCCACAUUUAAAGUUCAUAAGAUUUGCAUGGUAAGAUGUGAUUGGGAUGCGGAGCCGUGCUGGGAAGGAGCAUUCAGGCUUAGCUGACACCUACAGAUGGGACCUUUUUAGUCCAGCGUAGAACAAUGGAAGCGACUUGAUCUUAUACAGCACGUACACAUCCCGCCUGGAAUGCUGUUGCAAGGAUCGCGGUUUGGUGCUUGCUUUGCUUGCUAAACGGCUAAAGCAGGCUUACUAUGUGUGGACAUAGGGUUUGGUACUUAUUUCUGGAUUACACUGGAACACAAAGAAAACAAACACAAUGAACACGGGAUUCACUGGUCAUGUCCUGGCUCAGACUUCGUCCACACUGUAAAAUAUGCAGUCUAAGGUAUUUUUUAACAUGUUCCAGAGGACAAAGCUUCAGUAUAAAGGACAUUUAACAAAAAAAACUGGAAUUUCUGUGUUCUGAGGCUUUUGAGGGUAAACACACAGUUAAAAUCAGUUCCAUAAUGAUCCCUUAAAAUGUAUGAUUGUAUGUAUGAUCAUGUAUGAGGUCGUUAAACCCACCUCAGUACCUUACUGUACAAACCCUCAGUGAAAGUCACUGCUGCAGCCAGCUGCUGGUUUCUAAUGGGAAUCUUGGGCCUGGCUGUUUGUUUUAGCGCUCACUAUGCUUACAAUCUGUUCCACAUGUAUCACCAUUCCCACGCUCCUGCUGGUUUUCAUACUCUUACAAUAUUUAUUUAUUUUUUUAAACAUUUUUCAAACUAUAAAAAAAAAACACUUUCGUGCAAUGUUUGAAUACAACUAAUACAAGUUUACUAUUUUACAGAAGUGCACCCUGCUAGAGCUCAUGCAAAUAUUAAAUCUGUCCAACACCUGUGCAGCACCAUCCUGCGUAACAUAGCUUUUUUAUUUUAAAUUCCAAUGUAAUGAGUAUUUUAACCUGUCCGACACAGUUGCCAUUGUCCAUUCACUUGUCACCUAAAACAUAAUCAUAUGUUUUAUUAAUUUUUUUUCUCACAUUAUGGCCCAGACAGUUAAUACAAUAUUGUUGCAAGCUCAGGAUGUAUUUUAUUAAAACUGAAGGUCAGGAGUACCUGUGGAGGACUAUUUACAGGAUACAAGUUCGGAAAGUGGUGAAUAAGGAAUCAAGUCUUAGCAGUAAUUCACAUGUAGCCUCACACGUACAGACCAUAAUUAGCUGGUCAGGUGGUUGAUCUUAGACCCAGCUCCCUAAGUGCUCAAACAUGCAGACACACACUCCCUCCUCCUCAGACAAAUGAGUUAAGUCACUGGACUUUUUUAUGAUCGUGGAGUCGCCGAUCCGGUUGCUUAUAUCUGUGCUGCGGCGCGUCUGUGUUCUGGACUGAAGGUAAGCAUCGCCGUGUUUUGCCAAGGCGUGGGUCCGUUGACAUGUGCACAGCGUGGUGGUCAGCGGACGGUUGCGUAGCUCGCCUCUCACUCGCGCCCUUACGUGCUCCGUGAUGAGCAUGCUUCCAGGCCACAGAGCAUCAGCAGUGCACCUGCGUCUCACCACGCUGCUCUCCGCACGCUGGCUUCUGCUGCAGCUCCCUCUUCGUACUUGUGGAGUUCAGGAGCGUGUACGUCGUCCAUCUUUCACCGGCGCUAAUGUCCACAUGACUCAGUGGCUUCAACUUACAAAGCCGUAUAUGAGGAUUUGUUGUGGAGUAAGGGGCUGUUUGGCUCAGGCAAGUUAUAACUAGUUUUUAUUUGAACCUGCGUGUGUCACACUAUCCCAUAAUUUUAUACCACAGAGGCUUGUUGGGUAAUUGUUAUAUGACAUGAUGUGUAUCUAUUUCCCUCACACUCUUUAACACGCUGACAUGGGCAUUUAAGAUUGGAAAGGCAAAAAAUAUGCAUGUUUCUUUCUGAUCAAUGGGACUGUAAUUAUGCCAGCUGCUUAUUUACCACACAGGUUAUGACUGAUUCCUCAGAAUUACCUUGGCUGAUCACAGCGUUGCUGCUUUGACUUUUAAAAUGACUACCUUGGUUACAGCUCUUAAAUGUGUUGUGCAGCAGAAGUAAGUGGUUGACUGUGUUAUGUCAUAAGCGCCGUGUGUGUGCGCGAGUGUACACGCUUGCUUGUGCUUUUCAAGCUGUAAUGAUUUCUCGUUUUGUCCGUCAGACUUCUAAAGUCUUACUGCUCAGCCUCACCUCUGCUGAGUGCAUACUUUACUGAAGCUUAAGAAACAACAGCAACUUAUGCUUCUCCGAGAUCCUCGUCCCAUCUGCUGUGAGUUGGGUCCAUGUGGCAGCUGACAUCUGCCCUCUCGUGUGUGUGCCUCAGGCUUUACUAAGAAAAACUCUUUCUUUCUUCCAUAUGUUUUUAGUUUUAUGUGUGAAAAACAAAUAUUCUUCUCAAUCUGCACCUAAUGCAAAAUUUUAUCUACCUUAGAUAUGGUUUGUCUUUAGGAGCAAUAGAUAAAAUCAUAUGGGUUACAUUCUGAGACCUGAUAAGCUGUUUUAAUGAUUUUUGGGUAACCAUGUGUAUGCUGUGAAUCAUUAUGUAAAGUUGGUUUCUAUCAGCUCCUCACAUUUUAGUGUAGCUACCAUUCCAGCUGAAUGUAGAAAAAAACAAACUUUUGUUUGUAUUUUGUAGUUUUUUUUUGGUUUGUAUUCAAUAGAGGGAUUAAAAAAAGAGAAUCUAAAUCUCAUUCUUUUGCAAGAUGCCUUGUUACAGUAAGCACAGGGGCCCGAUGCCAGUUUUUGAAUACCAGAGUAGAUAUUUUUGCUUCAUUUCUCGUUCAUUCCUCCAGACAUGGGCCUAAUGCUGUGAUGAGAAAGAUGUGUUCGGUCGUGUGAGAAUCAUAUGAGACGGCUUAAGGGCUCAGUGUGGGGUUUUUUCCCCUCAACCUGGAAAAGACAGUGAAAUGUUUUAAGGCAGAAGUAUAUAAACAGUUUUUUAUAGUGAUAUAAAUAAAACUGAUUUAAAUAUUACAUAUAAUUUAGUUUGCCAGCUGUUCUCCUUUCCAGACAUUCAGAGCCCCUAGUAUUAAUCCCAGCCUGCAGUCAAGUUGCAUUCUUUAGCAAGGGGGGGAUUCAUCUUUUUAAAAGGAAAAAAAAACUGCAUGCUAUUCAAAAUCAUUUAAUAUUUAAAUGUUUAAAACUGGCAGAGAAAACCCAUAACCAUAAAUUGUACAGUUAUCUUUUUGGAGCCUUAGAUGAAACAAAUGAAUAUUACAGUACACCCUUAUUUAUUGAAACAGAGCAUGCACAAAGUUCAUAUACUUAAUUUAAACACAUUUAAAGUUAGGAACAACGUUUGUACAGUUGUUUUAAUGCCAUGUUGUGUUUUCUAAUGAAUGAAAUACAUUAAAUGAAAGACACUCAUCACCAAAUCAGCCCACUGAUACGAUUAAUUGCUGUCAGAGUUUACCAGUAGGUGGACAAUUUCUACGUACUUGAGCUGUUCAUUAGAUUAAACCACUGUAUAAUUUAACCAGAGACAUAAUGUCUGCUCCCAGCACAAAGGUUUCUUUUUAAAGAAAGUGUUGUUGCUUUAUUAUCUACUGUACAACUGAACAACUGCUUUUCUGUUGUAUCAUCAGUAACACAGGACUGAUUGCAUCAGUUACUGUUGUUGCCACUAAUAUCAAGUUAUUUGUUGAAUGGGUAUUGAUUGUAUGGGGCACAAUAGAAUGUAAUUACUGUUCAUCAGUGAGAAGCCAUUUGCUCUGUUACAUCAGUUCUUCAAAGUCUUAAGAACCAUUGUAGCUUUUUUUUCCCACUACGGGGCGUAUUGACUGGCCAUAGUACACUACUGUUACUGUUCACGGAUGUCAUGACAACAACAGUCCAUCAAGAAGCGUCCACAACACCAGAAUUACAAGAACCUAAAUCAACUAAAGAGAAUUAACCUCUCUAUUUUCUUUCCCUCUGGUAGAUACGUUUCUCUCCGCAUUAACCCACUGGACCCACUUCACAUUGCUCAGCAGGUUUCCUGCUGGGAGUUGGAGCGAAAGCAGAUCACUGUGCCUGAAAUAAUGACAUCCAUGGUGUAUCAAAUCCACUAACUUGCUUCCUGAGACAAACCCUGCAGGUUGCCGACUCAGGAAUGACACAGGCCUUUUAUUUAUUUGCUACUAGUUGUAGUAACCACAAAGCAACACAUCCUCCCAAGCUGUCACGUGAGUGAGCCACAGGUCAGACACUGGCCAGACCCGGCUAAUAAAUGACGCCAGGAAUGCAUGUUUUAGAAGAGCUGCAGAAGCCCCUCCUAGCAGCAGCGGGACUGGGGGCCGACAAGGAGGACACGUAUUACGGGGAUCAGAAGUGAGGAGACAAUGCGAGUCCACGUGCACACCAAGUUCUGUUUCCUGUGUGUGCUCACCUUCCUCUUCCACCAGUGCAACCACUGUCAUGCAGAGAAACACGGCCAUCAGCACAGUGGACCUCAGCAUGCCGAUCACAAGCACACGCACAGCGACCUGCAGAUUUCUGAGGCUCCAUACAUGAGGGGAGCCACUGGGCCCACAGAGUCCACACGGCCCAAAGGAGACCCCUUGGAGGUGGAGCAGCACUUCUACAUCCAGCAGCUGUUCAGGCGCUACGGCCAGAGGGACCGCCUCGAUUUCCAUGGAUUUCAGAGUCUGCUGCUGAGUUUGGGUUUGGGCGAAGUGAAGGUGGUCGGUGUGGAGCAUGAGGAUCUCGGUCAUGACCAUGUAGCCCACCUCGACUUGCUGGAUAUGCAGAAGGGGCUUCACUCACAUUCACCUGACAGUGAUGGAGAUGGUCAGGGACACGGACAUGACCAUCGGCACCACAAACCCGGCUCCCGCCACCCACCCACAGAAAUAGUUUCCACCACCUGCAGCCGACAGACUACUGCUGCCAGUCCCGCUGCAGGUGCACCUUCACACCAUGAACAUAACCAUGAUCAUGAUCUUGACCACAAUCAUGGAGCUGAUGCUGACCAUGAUCAUAAUCACACUAAGGUAGAUAACAAUGACCAUAAACAUUCUGGUGUGCAUGUGCAGGACACACAUGAACAUGGCCAUGACGGCCAUGAUCACGCACAUGAAGAACACAAACAGGAACAGGUACGGGCGCAGUCGAAGGACAACAACGUCUCCUCGCAGCCUCAUGAUCACCACCACCACGGUGAUCAUGAACGUAGCCAUGUUGACCAGAUACAGACUCGCACAGACAUUCCUCACAUCAGCCAGGAACAGCUCCUCCUUGACAUGGAACAGGAGCGUUCCCAAGUCCCUCAGGAAGCAGAUCCCUCUUCUGUCCCCCCAGAAAGCCUGCCCAAGAAGGCCAGAAAGCCAGCGAGGGUCAGAGGUCAGCGAGGGCGAAACAAAACCCUGCCUACUGACACACCUCUACCUCACGACACUGACCAUGGCCACGAAUAUGAACAUAGUCAUGACCAUGAUCACAGACACGGUCACAGCCAUUCUCAUAAAGCUAAGAGAGAAGCUCCAGGUGGGCUUCCCACCCACACUUUGCCAGUUCCUCUCCUCUCUGGGCAUCCAGGGGGUGUGUCCCACCAGCACGAGGAGUGUUUGAACUUGACCCAGUUGCUCACCUACUAUGGCCUGACCCCCGAGUCGGUCAUCUCCCCCAGUCAGUUCACCUACCUGUGUCCAGCCCUGCUCUACCAGAUAGACAGUCGGGUAUGCAUUCGCCAUUACCACCAGAUGGAUGUGGAACAGGAAGCUCUGGAGCCCAUCAGUUCUGUCUGGGUCUGGGUCUGGGGCUUUGUGUCCAUCACCAUCAUCAGUCUGCUGUCUCUGCUGGGCGUGGUGCUCGUACCCAUCCUCAAACAGUCCUGCUUCAAGUUCCUGCUCACCUUCCUGGUGGCACUGGCGGUGGGCACGCUCAGUGGAGACGCGCUCCUCCACCUGCUGCCUCACUCUCAAGGACAGCAUGACCACAGCGAGGCAGGAACGAGCCAUGACACCGAUCUGAUGGCCGACUUCGAUGGAGUGUGGAAGGGGCUGACGGCGCUAUCCGGCAUUUACCUCCUCUUCAUCAUUGAACACUGUAUUGGCAUGUUCAAGCACUACAAAGACCAGAGGGGCUCCAUGAAGGCGGGUGAGGAGGGCAAGAUCGGCAGGAAGCUGUCAGAUCACAAGCUAAACCGACGCUCGGACGCCGAGUGGCUGCACCUGAAGCCAAUCAGCGAAGAUCCUGACAGCACGGCCGUCUCCUGCGACAACGGACACAACGACACCCAGCUCACGGAGCUCCAGACCCCCGAUUCUCCCACCAACAAGACACCACUGGCCCCCGCGCAACCCCAACAGCAGCAGCCGUCACCCACCAAGGAGAACGGCCGCGGCUCCAAGCACCACAGACACUCGCACGGCCACGGCCACUCGCACGGCGGGAACUGCCACUCUGACCAGGAAAUGAAGGACGCUGGCAUCGCCAGCAUUGCCUGGAUGGUGAUCAUGGGCGACGGCAUGCAUAACUUCAGCGACGGCCUGGCCAUAGGAGCAGCAUUUAGCGCGAACCUGACCGGAGGCAUCAGUACAUCAGUGGCUGUUUUCUGCCACGAAUUGCCCCAUGAGCUCGGUGACUUCGCCGUGCUCCUGAAAGCCGGGAUGACGGUGAAGCAGGCCAUUGUCUACAAUCUGCUGUCCGCCCUCAUGGCCUACGUUGGCAUGCUGAUCGGCACAGCUGUGGGCCAGUACACACACAACGUGACCAACUGGAUCUUCGCCAUCACAGCUGGCAUGUUCCUUUACGUGGCUCUGGUGGAUAUGCUGCCAGAAAUGCUUCACGGAGACAGCGAGGACCACAAGCGCUGCCAGCUGGGACACUUUAUCCUGCAGAACCUGGGCAUGCUGACCGGGUUCGGCAUCAUGCUGCUCAUCGCCAUCUUUGAAGACCGCAUCGUUUUCGAUUUUGGCUUUUAGUGGAGGAGCGGGGCAGGGGAGAGCUUGAUGUUUCCGUGUUGUUCAUCUUGGCCUUAACACGCUGUUUGCAGUGUGGCGGCCCAGUCUUGCAUGCAGCGUGAGCCUCAUUCAUGGCCUGUGCCUCCAUCCGAACCCGCGGAGCCUGCUUAUGCGUGUCUCAUGACUUUGCUAGUAGUGUUUACGCUCUGCUCCUCCAUCACCUCCACUCUGUCAGGUACAAUCUGUCGACUCCCUGUGAGACAAAAACUGAACUGAAUGAAAGAAGUAAGACUACACUCCCCCGGAAAUCACCUCCUCUGAACCACUAAACUCCAGUGGAACACAAAAGGCUGUAGCCGUUGAAGGUGGUGGAGACGCAGCUGUCACGGGCCGGCAGCUCAUCGGCCAUCUAUCAUCACCUGUUGUUAGCAUGUUGUUGUUGUCGUCCUGCGGUCUUCGUCUUUCAUCCACCCUGUGCUGUGUUCCAUCAUCCGUGCCUGGCACAUCUGUGGUGUGCGUUCCACCUGCCAUCCAUCACCAGCUCCGGAUGUCAUCGCACGGCGUAUCAAAUGUCUCGAGUCCUCGUGUGCCGAGCCUCGGCCACUGGAGCAGCACCGCAGCUGCAGCGUCCUUCCAGAGGCGCAGAGCCCUGUUCUGUUCGGUGCUGUGUCUUUGACAAACACUUUAAGACGUCGCCUGUGAUGCACUGUGGGUUCACGGUUUCUGAGCUGAGUGUUAAAGUGCAACUUUCUUCAAUCAUUACUUCAGUAUAAUGAGUCUCAUUUGAUUGAUUAGAAACCUUUACUUUAGAGUCAAAGCUAGCUUUUUCCAAGAAUGUAUCUUUGUUUUUUGUUUAGAAAGUAGGUUUCAAGCAUCGACCAAUUUCUGUUAGGCCUUUACAAUCAGUCCUUGUAAGAAAACAGCUUUAAAAUGUGAAACUAACUAGUUCCUCUCUACUUCAUCAGUGUUUUAGUUAUCGUGCCUCCCCAAGCUCCUAAAUGGUGCUUUCCAUCCAGACCCACCUGAAGUGAGUUGUUUAAUUACAGUGGGAGGUCGAUUCUUGACAUUAAUGCUGAUUUAUUGAUGUACUGUAAAACAGGAGGUCUGUCGGUAGAUGAGCAGCUAAAAACAAUGUUCUUCCUGUUAAUAGUUUAGAAGGUACUUAAAGAAUCAAUUAAUGUCCUGACAAUCGGUGAGACAGACCAGGCAAAUGACAAUACCCCGAUGUCACAGCAGAACGAUAGCUUUGGCACUUUGAAUAACCCCCAAGAAAAUAUUCUUAUCAUGUUUUUAUGAGCAUUCCUAAUGUUUUUCUCUGGCCGUGGACGUCGUAGUCACUCUGUGACUGUGCCAAACGGAGCUCACACUGACACUGUGGGAUUUCAGUGGCCGGUGCUUGACACUGCCUCCUCCCAGACAUUCCAUUGGCUGUACCACUCACGUGUGCUCACGUGACAAGCCAGCUCACGUAGAGUUGGCUGCUGGAGCACAGAGACUUGUGUGUGGCAUCAUUUAUCCUGUCACUGUGUGACAUCCAUCACCUUUGUCUUAACUGGCUGUACAUCAUCCUAAACCAGACUGAACCUGUGGGUGAUCCAGGUGGAUUGUGCAUGGAUGCAUGAGUGCAAACAGUUCAGACAUUGUUGAGUGUAAAUUCGUUGUCAUUCUUUGUACUACAAAGAUAAAAAUAUUGGCAACCUUUCUUGGUUUUUAAAUGAACAGUAUGAAGAUUACGGUGAGCUUUUUGGAGCAUAGUGAAACUCGUGAGGAGCCUUGUUUUUGUUAAUAAAAAGAAAAUUAUGCAGGCGUCGGAAUAAAACCAAUCACCUGCAUUGUUUGUGUCUUUUUACUGGCAUUUUAUUAUUUCAUCAUGUGUUAAUAUUUAAUUUAAACAGAACCUGUAAACAUUACAUGGGACCUGUUCUAACUUUUUUUUUCUUUAACUACUUCAAGCUAUCCCGAAUUUCUCUUUUUAAAGAUUAAAAGGUUGUUUGAGACCAUAUCUGUUUUGUAAUUUAUUUUCUUUUGAUUCAUCCCAUGUUUGAAAGGACAGAUACGUAGGAAUCUGAACCACAAAAGCAAAAUGUCUUCAACGAAAACCAAAACCCACUUUUCCCAUUUUUGCUUUGUUGUAGUAAUAUUUGUUUAGUAACCAGAGUAGGAAAUGUUAAAUGUGACAUAUGUGCUAUUUGCCUGUCUGUGCGUUGCCAUUAUGAAAUAAACUCCCCUGGAACAAAA